AUGGCCUCCAGGUACACAAGUCUUGACGAAAUUCAUGGUAUUAUCUUCGAUGCUCCUGAUGAUAGCGAUGAUUCAAUUCAUAGCUGGGAUGAGGAUAGCAAUGAAGAAAUUUCUGACCCACACGAGGCUGAAGAUGUUCAGAAUCAAAACUUACAACGUGAUUUUGGCAAUGAGGAGAUGCAUUCCACUUCUGAAAUUCGUGUUCCAACACAAAAUCGAAAUAGAAGUUCAGGAAAACGCCAAACAGUUCCAGAAAUUAACUGGGGAGAUUUGGAUGAAGUUGUGAAUGUUGCCUACCCAGAAUUUUCAGGACCACAACAUGGACCUGUACACAGCUUUGAUGUGGAUUCAGAGCCUGUUGUCUUCUUUGAUCAACUGUUUACGGAUGAGCUUUGGGACCUACUUGUCACUAAAACAAACAGGUAUGCUAGACAGGCCAAUGUGAAUAAUUGGGUAGACACUACCCAGGAGGAAAUCAGGUGUUUUAUUGGAUUUCUAUUUGGAACUUCAAUAAAUAAAAAUAGUCAGCUUGAUGAUAUUUGGAGCUCAGACUGGGUGGUUGCCAGUCCAGCAUUUGCCCACUUUUUUACUCGAGAUAGAUUUUGGGCCUUGCUUUCAAACAUCCAUCUUGCAGACAAUGAAAAAUCUGUUGACAGAAAUCAUCAGGACUAUGAUAAACUCUACAAAAUACGCCCUAUGGUGACAAUUUUGAAACAAUCAUUUCAAACUAACUACAGCUUGGGGCAAAAUGUAAGCGUGGAUGAAGCUGUGGUCAAGGGAAAGGGCCGUAAUCCAGUCAAGCAGUACAUGCCAAUGAAACCCAAAAAGCGGGGAUCGAAACUAUGGUGCAUUGGUUGUUCUUGUUGUGCACAUUUAUGGGACUUUCAACUUUAUGCGGGUAAAGAAAAGGGCACUGCAGAGCAAGGUUAG